AUGGAGUCUACGAAUCGCCUAAGUGCCAUCCAGACACUUCUGGUGAUCCAACGUUGGAUAGGACUUCUGAAAUGGGAAAACGAGGGAGAAGAUGGAGUUUUAAACUGGCUAAAACGUAUAUAUCCUUUUGUGCUGCACCUUCCACUGACCUUCACGUAUAUUGCGCUCAUGUGGUAUGAAGCUAUUGCCUCUUCGGAUUUUGAGGAAGCUGGUCAAGUGCUGUACAUGUCCAUAACCGAACUGGCAUUGGUCACUAAACUCCUGAAUAUUUGGUACCGACGCCAUGAGGCUGCUAAUCUAAUCCACGAAUUGCAACACGAUCCCGCAUUCAAUCUGCGCACUGCCGAGGAAAUCCAAUUCUGGCAGCAAAAUCAAAGGGAUUUUAAGAGAAUAUUUUACUGGUACAUUGGGGGCAGCCUCUUCGUGGCUGUGAUGGGCUAUAUAAGCGUGUUUUUCCAGGAGGAUUACGAGCUGCCCUUCGGUUACUACGUGCCAUUCGAGUGGCGCACCAGGGAGCGAUAUUUCUACGCCUGGGGCUAUAAUGUGGUGGCCAUGACCCUGUGCUGUCUAUCGAACAUCCUGCUGGACACUUUGGGCUGCUAUUUCAUGUUCCACAUCGCCUCGCUCUUCAGGCUGCUGGGCAGGCGACUGGAGGCCCUGAAAUGUGCAACCGAGGAGAAAGCCAAGCCAGAGUUGCGCCGCAUCUUCCAACUGCACUCUAAAGUGCGGCGAUUGACGAGGGAAUGCGAAGUGCUAGUUUCGCCAUAUGUUCUAUCGCAAGUGGUCUUCAGUGCCUUCAUCAUCUGCUUCAGUGCCUAUCGACUGGUGCACAUGGGAUUCAGGCAGCGACCCGGACUCUUCGUGACCACCGUGCAAUUCGUGGCCGUCAUGAUUGUCCAGAUUUUCCUGCCCUGCUACUACGGCAAUGAGUUGACCUUUCACGCCAAUGCACUGACCAAUAGUGUCUUCGCCACCAACUGGCUGGAGUACUCCGUGGGCACGCGGAAGCUGCUCAACUGCUACAUGGAGUUCCUCAAGCGACCGGUGAAGGUGCGAGCUGGGGUGUUCUUCGAAAUAGGACUGCCCAUCUUUGUGAAGGUAAGAUUUCCGCCCAUGCCUAAGUAUAAAAUAACUUAAAAGUUUCUGGGAAAUAUGAACGUUUUCAUCUUAAUAAUGUAAAUAUAUUUCUGCUCUGUAACCCACAACUUUUGGCAGACCAUCAACAAUGCCUACAGUUUCUUCGCCCUGCUGCUGAAGAUAUCCAAGUAGAGUGAAACGGGAGCAGGGAUCCCCCGACUGCUGCGGCGCCACAAUGGAAACGCACCCACGGGUCGGAUACGUAACACUGUAACUCAUACGCCCCGUUGCUGUUGUUGCUGUGAACAUGAAGAAUAAACGCCGGCAGCCAACAAGGCAUUUCGCCAGCUAUUAAACUAAGUGUCGCAGCCAAAAAAAUAAAAAAAGGGAACAAGAAAUCGGGCUAGCCUGCGACUAGACGUCGGGGGAUAUGGGCAUGAGAUAUGCCAUGCUAACAGGAUCCAAAUCCCGCUCCAUCUUCCCCUUUUGAAAACCCAGCGGAAGCACGCGCCGCUGCCUAGUGCAGCGCCAACUUCCACGACGACAUUGUUGGCGCACAAAAGAAA